AUGGACCUCAGAGCCUCCAUCUCCCUUCUUGUGCUGCUGCUUGGCCUGUCCAUGGCUCUGCCUGUCAUGGAGGACGGUGAUGAAAAUGAGAUUGUCUUUGAGGAGCCUGAGGAGGACGGUGAUGAAAAUGAGAUUCUCAUAGAGGAGUCUGACAGUGUGGACAUAACUACACAGAUUCUGGCAACCAAUAAUGCUUCCAGUGAGCUUUUAAUGGAAGGAGAUCUUGUUGUGCCAAGAACCAGGAAUGCUCUGGCUUGCUGGAACAACAACUGCUUAUGGAAGAAGUCUUCUAAUGGGAAAGUUGAGGUCCCCUACACAGUCAACUCUCAGUUUUCAUCCGCUGCUAAGAGGAAAAUUCAAAAUGCCAUGGCAACCUUCAACAGAAAAACCUGUGUUCAGUUUGUUGCUCGCUCGACUCAGAGGGACUACAUCAGCAUUGAGAACAGAGAUGGUGUAACUGUUGCUGUCAUUGUUCCGCCCAUCUUUCUCAGGUGCUUCUCCAGCCUUGGGAGGACAGGAGGCAAACAGGUGGUCUCCCUCCAAAAGAACGGUUGUGUUUACCACGGCAUCAUCCAGCAUGAACUCAACCAUGCUCUGGGCUUCUACCAUGAGCAAACCAGGAGUGACAGAGACCAGUAUGUGAAAAUCAACUGGAAUUACAUCAACCCACGAAUGACUCACAACUUCAAGAAACAACGCACCAACAACCUGAACACUCCAUAUGACUACUCUUCUGUGAUGCAUUAUGGGAGAACUGCUUUCACAGUCCAGAAUGGAAGGGAGACAAUCACUCCAAUUCCAAACCGAAGUGUGAAAAUUGGACAGAGACAGGGACUGUCCACCACUGACAUCCUGAGGAUCAACAAACUCUAUGGAUGCUGUGAGUAUGACCUCCUGCAUCCUAUGGUGAAACAUCGUAUAUCUUUGAGAUUGCUGAAAUGAUGAGUACUGCAAUCCAAUUCUGACAAUCUUCUCCUCUUCCAAACAGAACCAAACCCAAACUGAUGCUGUCCCAGUCUGGAACCACCACAUCACGUCUUGAUCACAGAACACAAUGUGACAGAUGAAUAUGUACUGUAGAUGUCUUGUGAGCAUCACUACUGUCAUAUUGAUAUUACUGGAAAAUAAAAUGACUGAAAAUAA